AGCAAAUGAACGGAGAGUUUUUGGGGAACUACAGUUUUCGGCGUUGCCGUGCAUCGAAUGAUGGGGAAACCGUUACCGGUCUUUUCGCCAACGCCUCGGCGUCGCGUAUCACGGACUGCAGAUCUCCUUGCCAUCAGGUCCGCUCCUGGGGCACUACUGGGCCCCGCCAGGUCACUUCGAUUGUCCCUUUCCCGAGUCGAAUCUGCUUUACAGGAAGCGACAGCUAGCACUUCUAGCUUGGCCUUGUCGGACACUGCAAAUGAUCGUCCGCCAACGUAUGAAGACUCGGAUGCUGAUACGGAUGUGGAGACUAACACCGCUGAUGCGGUGGGAAUUGAGUCGUCGCAGGGCCGAGUCAGGAGGAGGCCGGUGCUUGAUGCCCGGGCUGCCGCAUGGUUGAGAGGCGAAAGUCUGUCAGAUAUCACCGUACGUCAAAACGGUGAAUUGGACAUGGAGGACAAUGCUGCUCAAGGUGAAAGGGCACUGGCGGUUGCCAUACCCCUUCGCGUGGGCCUUGAAGACGUCACUUUAUCGUCUGGUGAUGAUCGUGCAAACGCGGAUGAUGACACCGAAUCUCCUGUUGGCGGGCAGCUGGAGGCCCUUGCCGAUACGUUCCUCGCAGCGUCGAAUUCCCUUCGCGCGAAUGCGUCGGCAUUUCGGAGCGCGGCACCGUUUGCGGGGCGACUCAUUGGUGCUUCUUCGUCGAGUGGAGGAGGUGAUUUGCUCCGAGAGAGGCUGCGGGAGGUUUCCGCAAGUCUUGGAAGGGUCGUCCAAUGUUGUUCCCUUCAAUGUGACGUGCUGAGUAUGAUCAUGAACUCCAUGCAUGCAGAAGCGAAUUCGUCACGCGGUCGCCGGCUUCGCGAGCACCAAGUGAAUAGCUCGUAGAUGUACAUAGCGGAUUACUGCGAUCGCCGACGACCGAUAACUGCUAGCGAUUCUCCUUCUUUUUUCUUGUUAAUGUUUGGUUUUUUUGAUGCGUCAGGCGCUUUUUUAAAUGUAUGUAUAAUUAUUGGACUUUACGCAACGUACAUACACCGCAGCAGACGAGUAUCGUGGUCGUCACAUUAACUAAGUUGCCUCAAAUCUAAUCUUUCUUCACCGACCCACCAACAACUUUUCCCCCUUUGAUACCUUCAAGACCG